GUAGGCAUUACUUUUUCUCUCGCAAUUGAAUAAACAUAUUUGGCAAAAUGUUUAUGAAAAACACAUCGAAAUUGGUGCAGUGUCUGGUGGAGAUUAUUCAUCCACGUACUUACGAAGAGGCCAUUGAAGAUAUAGCCGAAGAUAUUCGCAAACCCAUUGUCCAUGAUCCCAUUGCAUCUGGAUUGCGUUUGAUUAAGGGCAAUAGAGAGUUCAGCGUUCUCCAUAUGGAUAACUGUGAGAAGCUAUAUCAAUCGCUGGCACAGUUCAAUGUAAGACCAACUGCUGAGACAUUGGACAAGGUUGUUCCAGUAAAUGAUGAACAGCUUGGAAACAUAGCGGAAGCUCUUAGUCAAUUGAAUGCUGACCUUGAAGAUGAUUAUGAGGAUGAAGAGGAUGAGAAUGACGACGGUGAUGAAUAUGAAGAUGAUGAUGAAGACGAUGAGGACGAGAAUGAUAAGGAUGAUGAAGAAACCCAAACUGCUGAAAACAUCAGAGAGUUCAACAUUAUGAAUAUGGCAAUGUAGAUAAGAACUAUUUUAAAUAGAAAAUUCCAAGUUAAUAAGUUCA